AUGGUGGAGAACCUCUUCGGGGACCUCUACUGGAACGGGGUGCUCGUAUACCUGGACGACAUCCUAAUCCACGCAGCGACCCUGGAGGAAGUAUUUGCGAAGCUGGAAGAGGUGCUGAAGAGACUCCGAGCAAGUGGUCUGAAGCUGCGGUUGUCCAAGUGUUCGUUCCUACCGGAACAGGUCGAGUACCUCGGGCAUACGAUUACCGAGGGCAGGAUAGCCCCCCAGCCAAGGAAGGUGGAAGCGAUAGAUGCCCUACAGCCACCGCGGGACAUAAAAGGGCUACGACAAGCCCUCGGGAUGGCUGGGUACUACAGGAACUUCAUCCCGAACUAUGCCGAAGUGACGCAGCCGCUCACGAAACUCAUGCGCAGAACGGAGCCCUACGCAUGGGGAAAGGAGCAGCAGCAGGCAUUCGACGCAGUGAAGGAAGGAUUAAAGGACGCGGCGUUGUGCAAUGACUACGCCAGCGGGGAGCUAGUAAUCGAGACGGAUGCCAGCGACUACGCCGUUGCAGGCAUCCUGUCAUGCAAGAAAGACGGUAUGGAGACGCCGGUGGAGUACAUGUCCCGGACACUCUCAGAGGUAGAGGUCCGAUGGCCGACGCGGGAGAAAGAGGCGUACGCCAUCGUGGUGGCCCUACAAAAGUUCGACGCCUAUGUGCGAGGGCGACGUACCACGGUCUACACAGACCACAAGAGCCUGGAAUGGAUGUUCCAGGCCAAGAAAGGCAAGAUAGCCCGAUGGGCAACGUUACUCCAAAAGUACGACCUAGAUAUCGUCCACAAGAACGAAACGCAGAUAGCGCACGUGGAUGCGCUCAGCCGGUUGGCCAGGGACGCUGUCACAGUAGAAGACCGGAUGACCUGUAUGGCGGUAAUGGCCGUAGCGGAGGAAGAAGGGCUCCCACAAGUGACGGAGUAG